GCUCCCUACAGCGCAAAGCCCUCUUGUAGCGGAUAUUCGCUCACAGUAUCUUCCUGCUCAUCUAUUAAAUUAGCCAAUCACUGUAUCUCCAGGCGAUUAGUGCCCGCCCCCCUGGAUAAGAUCUACUAAAAACAGAAAGCGGCAGGGACCAAACAGCAUGAAAGGGCAAAACGUACGAUUAAUGGGGUAGCGAUGAGCUGCUCAGGCCUGUGACGGGAGGUCAGAAUGGUGAGAAAAGGAGACACCCCAGGUGCAUCCAGACUCCCUGCAUCUCGUCUGUAACGGCCAUUGUGUUCCCCCCAUCCCUGCAUCACCCCAGCCCAGGGGGCAAAGGACAAGAUGAAGACUUUCUCGGAGUCGCACAAGACGGUGUUCGUGGUGGAUCACUGCCCGUAUAUGUCGGAGUCGUGCCGGCAGCACGUGGAGUUCGAUAUGCUCACCAAGAACCGCACUCAGGGGAUCAUCCCCCUGGCGCCCAUCUCCAAGUCCCUGUGGACGUGUGCCAUAGAAGCUUCCAUGGAAUAUUGUAGGAUCAUGUACGAUAUAUUUCCCUUCAGAAAACUGGUGAAUUUCAUUGUCAGUGACUCCGGGUCUCGCACACUGAAUUCCUGGAAUCAGGAAGACCAGAAUCUGCAAGAGCUAAUGGCCGCUUUAGCCGUUAUCGGACCGCCCAACCCGCGCGCAGACCCGGAGUGCUGCAGUAUCCUGCAUGGGCUGGUGGAGGCCGUUGAAUCCCUGUGUAAAAUAACCGAUUAUCAGCACGAAUCCAGGACUGAGCUGAUGGAGAACGCCGACCGGGUGGCGAAUAGGGGGCGCAUCAUCUGCAUCACCAAUGCCAAAAGUGACAGCCACGUCCAGAUGCUGGAGGACUGCGUCAAUGAGACGAUCCACGAACAUAACAAACUGGCCGCCGGGUCGGAUCAUCUCAUGCAGAUACAGAAAUGCCAUCUGGUGCUGAUCCACACUUACCCCGUGGGAGAAGACAGCCUGGUAUCCGAUCGUCCCAAGAAGGAGCUCUCCAACGUGUUGAUCAGCGAGGUGCACAGCGUCAAGGCCGGCCGCCAUCUUUCCACCAAACUCAACCAGUUGGUCCAGCUGCACUUCGACCUGGCUUCCACCACCAUUACCAACAUUCCCAUGAAGCCCACACUCAGUGUCUGUGAUCAGGAAGAGCAACAUGCAAACACGUCCGCAAACUACGAUGUGGAGCUUCUGCACCACAAAGAGGCGCAUGUCGAGUUCAACAAAAGUGCAGGGGAAGGCUACAACGGCAGCAGCAGCAGAGAGAACUGCCUGAAGGAGACGGUGACGCUGAAGUGGUGCACCCCCAGGACCAACAGUGUGGAGCUGCACUAUUGCACGGGAGCGUUCCGGAUUUCCCCGGUGGAUGUAAAUAGCCGGCCCUCCUCCUGCCUCACCAACUUCCUGUUGAAUGGUCGAUCUGUGCUGCUGGAACAGCCGCGAAAAUCCGGCUCCAAAGUGAUCAGCCACAUGCUGAGCAGCCACGGCGGCGAGAUCUUCCUGCACGUGCUCAGUAGCUCCCGCUCCAUCCUGGAGGACCCCCCGUCUAUCAGCGAGGGCUGCGGGGGCAGAGUGACCGAUUAUAGGAUCACGGACUUUGGCGAGUUUAUGAGGGAGAACCGAUUGAUGCCAUUUGCAGAGCCGCGUUAUUGCAUGGACGGUGGCCCGGAGGUGCCGCUGGAACGGGCCAAGGAGCAGCUGGAGAGGCACACGCGCUAUUGGCCCAUGAUCAUCUCGCAGACCACCAUAUUUAACAUGCAGGCGGUGGUGCCGCUCGCCAGCGUGAUAGUGAAGGAGUCGCUGAGUGAGGAGGACGUGCUCAACUGCCAGAAAACCAUCUAUAACUUGGUCGAUAUGGAACGGAAAAACGACCCCCUCCCCAUCUCCACGGCUGGGACCCGAGGGAAAGGCCCAAAGAGGGACGAGCAGUACCGCAUCAUGUGGAACGAGCUGGAGACGCUGGUGCGAGCCCACGUGCGCGGCUCCGACCGGCACCAGAGGGUGAUGGACUGCCUUAUGGCCUGCAGGAGCAAGCCCCCCGAGGAGGAGGAGCGCAAGAAACGGGGCAGGAAGAGAGAGGACAAGGAAGAGAAAGCGGAGAAACCCCCCAAGGAGAACGAGCACGAGAAAAAGUGGCAGGAAUCGGAGAGGGUAAAAUCUGUCCUGGACCGAGAGAAGGAGGAUUUGGCUGAGGCCGAAGUGAUAAAAGACUCUCCAGAUUCCCCCGAGCCCCCUAACAAGAAGCCCCACAUCAUGGUUGAGGAUACGGGUCCUGCAGAGAAAUCUAAAGGCCCCAUGUCCUUGUUGUCUUUAUGGAGCUCUCGGAUCAACACGGCCAAUUCCAGGAAACACCAGGAGUUUGUUGGGCGCCUGAACUCUGUUAAUAACAAGGCUGAGUUAUAUCAGCAUCUCAAGGAGGAGAAUGGGGCGGAAGGGGUGGAGAACGGCAAGGGGAGCCGCCAGUGACGCUGCGGAGGGAUCCAUUGGGGGAUCCAUUGGGGGGAUCUAUUGGGGGUUCUGCGCUGGACAUUUCAAUGAAUUCAUGAAUAUUCAGGACACAAAGUAGAAAAAUAUUUUUUAAACUUUUUUUAGAACUUUCUUCCGACCCACGAGAAUGAAUUUUUAGUACCGCGAUUCCCUUGCACCCCCCCCCCCCCAAACCCGGGAGUUUGUUCCGUGUCUGGAGAUUAAAGGCGAUUCUUUCCUAUUC